AUGAUUUUCUCAGACUAUGGCAGGCAUUUCCCUGCUGCCUUACUUGGACUCCUGAUAUGGCUGCCCGUACCAGAGCUCUCAUGCCCUGUAAUUACAGAUCGCGAAUGCUUAACGUACCUGAGCGAAGAACUGGGAAACUCUCAUUCGCUUCUUGGCAAUAUGAGCAUUGAUGUUGAGUAUGAUCUCCGACCGUUUUACUCUACAGUGCCACAAACAGCGCAAGGGUUUUUGUUCGCGCCGGACUGGUCUGUGAGUUGGCAGUUCAACAUGGGGUCGCCUCCUACGAACACCUCGGAAAAUUGGAGGAACACACUAUUGCAUUUUGGAGAUCGCUGUCAUUUCUCAGUGCAUUUUAUGCGAGCAUUCACGGAGGAACACUCCGAGUAUCUCUCACUACUGGACCUUGAAGUAAAGAGAUCACUGGAAAUAUUGAAAGCAAAUAGCCUCUUCGAGGACACCGCCUUCGUUCUUUUAUCCGGCCGUGGUCCGUGA